GGACAUUGAGCGCAUGCGUAACUUUUCCGUAAAUUUACGAGCUCAAACGAAAAGUGUCGAGAAAAAGUCAUGUGAUAUUUUAUUGUACAAGAUGGCGAUCCACUGUUGUGAAUUUCGUUUGUUCAACAUUGUUAUUUUGGGCGUUUCUUUUAUGCUCAUAUUUACUGCCUUUCAGACAUGUUCAAUGGUCGAGAAAACUGUCUUGGACAGUGUGGAAAAGAAUAAUGGCACGGCAGGGAAUGCGUACACAAGCUUGGGUAUCUUGUAUGCAGUCUUCUCAGUCUCCAACUGGGCUGCCCCGUCGUUUGUGGCCUUUACAGGGCCCAAAAUAGCCAUGUUCAUUGGGUCCCUCAUGUAUUUUCUGUUUGUCCUGCAAUUUCUCAAGCCAAUGGUUUGGGCUCUGUAUCUGGGAUCAGUGCUGGUUGGAUUUGGAGCUGCGAUAUUAUGGACAGGCCAAGGCAAUUUUCUGACUAUUAACUCUGACUCUGAGACUGUGUCUCGAAACAGCGGGAUUUUCUGGGCUUUGCUACAAUGCAGUCUGUUGUUUGGGAACAUGUACAGCUACUUUGUGUUUCAAGGAGCGACAGUGAUCAGCAGCGAACAACGUACCAAGCUGUUCAUUGCGCUCAGCGCUGCAGGUCUGCUAGGCUGUCUUUGUUUACUGCUGCUCAGGAAACGGAGAGUUGAGGUCACAGAGGAGAAUGCACUCAGUCUGAAUGCUAGUUCCACCCAUGCCCCAGAUAUGCCCCUGACUGCCCUAAAGAGAGCCUUCCAGCUGCUCAAGACCAGAGAGAUGCUCUUGCUGUGUUUCGCCUUUGCCUACACAGGUCUUGAACUGACAUUCUUCAGUGGUGUCUAUGGCGCCAGCAUUUCUCACACCGAAAGUUUUGGCAACAGUGCUAACGGAUUGCUGGGGAUCUCCGGUAUAUUCAUUGGUGUGGGUGAAAUUCUAGGUGGUGCUCUCUUUGGCUUGGCAGGCAAGAGGACAAAUGUUUAUGGCCGAGACCCUAUUAUAAUGCUGGGUUACGUGGCCCACAUGACAGCGUUCUACCUCAUUUUCCUGAAUCUGCCAGAUAAUUCGCCUAUUGAGGAUAGCUUGCAUUCCACUUACAUCACACCCAACAAAUAUGUGGCAAUUCUGUGCAGCUUUUUACUUGGAUUUGGAGACAGCAGUUUCAAUACUCAGAUUUACUCACUGGUGGGCUUCAUGUUCCAAGAGGACAGCUCCCCGGCCUUUGCUUUGUUCAAAUUUGUUCAGUCUGUGGCUGCUGCUGGUGCCUUCUACUACAGCAACGUGCUCCUACUGCAGUGGCAGCUGCUCAUCCUGGUGCUGAUGGGGUCAGUGGGUGCAUUGAGCUUCUGCUGCGUCGAAUGGAUGAGCACACGGGCCAGUCGCUCCGGCUACCAGACCAUCGGACUAGACGACCAAUAGAUAAAUGAGGAUGACCAAAUACCUGGUGCCCCUGACAAUUCCGGGGAAUGAUGAGAUACAAGUCGUCCGAGCUAGAUGGAAGGCAUGGAGCAUGGUGUGGGUGUAAUACUCUUGUGAAUCCCCCUGAUCAAGUCUUCCUUCGAAUAAAUCAUAGGAACACAAUGCGCACACGCAUGCACACAUACACACACCAUUACUCGUCUGCAUAUAUACACAAAGUCCUAGGUAUAUGAACAAAACUUUCAUUAUUCACACUGACGACUAAAAACGAUCAUAUCUGAGUAUGUUAACCGUCCUGCCCAACUGUGUUUCAAGUAGGCCAACUGGUUUUUUUUUUUAAAAACGUCUCUUCGUUCGUUUUUUAAAAACAUGUUUCAGUGUGCACAGAAUAGGUGCUUACUUACUGAGUCUUUGGUUGUUUUUUUUUUUUUUUUUUGCUGUGAUGAGAAAUGCUAGAGAAAUUUUUAUUCAAAUCAUAAUUUUAGCGUUAUCCUCCUGCCUCUUUACUGUUACCCUAUUGGGUUAUUUUUGCCUCUCUGCUGCUGGCAAUUUUGUGCAAGAUAGCAAUAUCUGUGUGGUUGCCUGAAAAAACUAUGGAGAAGGCACACAGCGUUGAACCAAAUACUGCCCUAAAAUGAUUAAAAUGCUGAAUUAAAAGAAAAUUUGAAACUUUCUUAUCUUUUUUUUUCUUUCAAUUAUUUUUCUGUCUGAAAAUUAUAAUAAUGAUGCUUAAAUUACCCCAAAAAAUGUGUAGGUGGCUUUUUUCUGUGGAACCCUUCUAAAUCCAUGACUUGUGAAAUCAGGGAAAUUACACAGUUGAGUCUAAUUAAACUGAUAUCUCCAGGUCUAUCAGAUUUUCAUGGGUUCAGCAGAGUUUUUUGUUUAGCGAGGUUGCACAAAUAGAAGUUUAAGACAAAAUAAUCAGGGAUUUUCUUUUCUUUUGGAUUACUGCUAUUUUCGGAUUAACUGUUCGAUUUAAGCAGACUCCAGUGCAAAUAUUCUCGUCCAGAACAGUUAUUGGUUGUCUUUCACAAGCUCUGAUUGUUUCCCAUUGGCAAGUGUUAGUUUAUAAUGGGAAAAAAAUGACAAUGCACCUGGUUUUCCCCUAGGCCACAACACACAUAAUGUGUUGAUUCAUUUCAUCUGAUAGUACUGGAAAGCUCUUGAUACACUUCUUGGAAGCAAAAGUGGGAACCCUAAUUGAAGACAAAGUAGAAUGAAAACAUAGCUAUAAAUGUCAACCAAUUAUAUGAUGGUUAUUAGUUAUACAAUUCAUAAUGAUGCAAGUUCUGCUUUCUUUUGUUCUAGUUAUAUAGUAUUUUAGGCAUAAAUAAAUUAAAAAAACAACCCAUGAUAUCAUGCUUAUACUUUGAGGGAUAGGCCAAUAUGUUGUUUUAGUCAAUUUGUGGUUAUAUAACUGAAUAGCAAGAUGUAGUUGGGACAUACUGUUUUUUAUGAGAACUAAAUAGUGCUUUUACAGGUUUUGUUCACAGAUAUUUAGUUUCAUAAGCUUUGCCAUUGUUGUUGAUUUUGAUUCUGAUCCCUUGAUGUGGGAAAAUGAUUUGAAUCAAUGUUGUCUUAUGUCUUAAUUGGAGCUAGUGUGAUAUAUAUUAUAUAUCUUUAUUAUAUACAUACUGGACAGAACGUCAAAAGACUCAACACCAAUGUUUUCUUAUAGACAUUGACUUAUCAACAUUCUUAAGACGUUUUUGCGUGCAAUUUGUACAGAUUGUGUGUGAACAUGUUAAUCAAGAUAUUAAUGAUGGUUCAGUGAUGAGCAUACGUGAAAUGAGAAAAUGUUCAGAAGAAUGCUACCAUGCUCUGAAUUUUCUUUGCCACAACUGAACUCCUUUGUAAAGUCUAGGCUGGCUAGGAAAUUUUGUCAAGUGAUCAAUGGUUUUAUUUUUAUAAAGAACUUGUGAGGCUUUUAAAGUUUCCUUGCAGGAAAUUACAAGUAGUUUUUUUAAAAGUGUGAACAUACAUUUAACAUUUAGAACAAAAAGUACAAGCCUGUCUUUCAAUUUCCGGUCCGGAUGUAUAAUGCUUGGAAGGUUGAGGUUUUGAGAUUGGUGAGUGUAAAUGUGCAUGUCAUAGUCAGCAAUGACACGGAUGUACACAAAAUGUGCAGCAUUCUGUAGAAUGCUUAAGCAUUAGAUGUUAUUUUUAGAUUUUUGUCAAUAGUGUUCUUAUCCUUCACUUAUGCACAAGACUGUUUUUUCUUCACAAUUCUCAGCAUAUUUGUAUAUAUGACUGAUUUAUUUCUGUGUAACUUUUUGCCCACACUCCUAGUCAGUUGUGAGUCGAGACAAAGGGUUUGUAUAAUCUCAGCUAGUGGACAUUAAGCUCAAGCUCACUGUGACCGACGUAGACAACAGCAUGUUACAGUUCCUUCUGAACCUGUAGCAAGGAGAAGUAAGAAGUUGCUACAGACCAAAAUAAAAGAUGUUUUUUCUUCUUCUCUAGUCUCAGGCAAAAAACAUUUUCCUUGAUGUGUGACAAAGGGUACCACUUUCUUUCUCAAGAUGACAAAGUAUAUGGUAUAUAUAUCUCCUUCCUUUUUAUAUCAUUUUUUAAAACCAGUUAUACAUUCCUAUAUCUAUUCUGAUUUUGCAUAUGUGAUUAAAUAUACAGUUUGUUUCUGUGUAGGUUGAGUUCGAUAUUGCUUCUCUGUUUGACAAAAUGUUGCUUUUUUUAAACCAAAGAUUGAAAGGAUUGGGCUGAAAUAUUUUUUUUUCUGGGUUCUUUUGGAAUUUGGGUUUGGGUCUCCAGCUUUAAAAAGUCGUGAAUGUUGCUUGCCAAAGAUCACCACAAGGGAAAAGGUUUGAACUACAAUUGGGUGUCACUUGAACUCUAUGAUCAACAGCAUACAGUUUAUGACUUUUAAAUGAGAAGUUCUGUUUGAGCUGUGGCAUAUCUUUCUCGUAAUCAAUCCCUCCUCUCCACCUCCCUUAUUGUUUUCUUACACAAAAUUUAAAAAAAUGCAUUUUCACCAUGUGACUGUUAUAUAUAUGAGUCAUUCUCUUUCCAUCAAAUUAUUUGCUUUUCUAAUUGAAAUGCAAUCAGUACUGAAUUGUUUUUCCUCCUUUUUUUUCGUUUGAGAAGAUUAUUAGGUUUGACACUUGUAUAGAAAAGUUGAUCAUUCUUUAGUCAUCAACUGGUGGUAAUACCCUUAUCAUGGUAUACUGUACAGUUCACUUAUGAGUUAGCAUAAUUUUUUCCCCAACUAAAAUGAAGUGCAAGCAAGCAUCAUUCAUGUUUAUACGCACAUAAUCUUAAUUCUAAAUGCCUGGUACUAAAAAGGAUAAUAUGUCAUUGUGAUGAUGUACAAGGCUAGGCUCUUAUCCACAUUUUUAACCAAUUGAUUUAAAAUACAAGUUAGAAUUAGAAUGUUUGCUAGUAGAAGGUAAUUGCACUUUAUUACAUUUAUUUUGGGCAUCCUUUGAGGGUCCCUUUAGUUUUAAUUUUUUUGACAGGGCCCUGUUAAAGUUUAUUUCGUGAAGUUGUGGACUUUGGUCAAUUUUCUCUCAAAUAUAAAGUCUUUGAUAGUCUGUUAAUUUGAACAGCCCGGUUUCGUAAUCAUUUUCAAGUGGUGUUGUUUGACAUGGGUAGAAGAGAAAGGCCUCUGGAAUUACUUUAACUUAAACUUUCAAACUGUCCGUUUUUAUGGUUAUAUGACUUUAUUAAUGCAAUCUGCAGAGGGUUUAAAAAAAUAAAUUUUCUAAGUGAAAAUACAGAGAUACACUUUUCAAUCGAAAAUUUAUCAAAGUUUAAAAACUCCUUUGAAACUCUUAUACUUGGGAUACAUUUAUCACACUUGUAACCGAUGACAUACAUAUAGCAAAUAGUGUAAAACGCGUCGAGCUUGCUCUUGAGUGGGGGUAUGCGCUAUACAAAUGCUAUUUAUUAUUGACAUGAACAAACUUUCUUGAUGAAAAUGCAGGGCUAACAUGUGUCAUAUUUUAAAACACUUAGGAUUUUCUGAAUUGGGGAGGAAAACACUCAACUGGUAAGGCUGUUCAUGAUGAUACUCUUGUCUUAACCCCCCUCUACUGACUGAAUGGAGGCGUAUGGUAUUAAAAUAAGAAUUAAGAUUUUUUUCUUUGUACUGGCUUUCCUUUUAAUAACCUUUUUGGUCAUUUCUAUAUUGAAAAAGCAUCAUCUUAUUCAAAUUUUUCUUCUGAAUGAUUUGCUGUGGAUGAAGGAAAUGAGGAACUCCAGUCAUGCUCCUAUUUUGAGAAUGGCUCAUACAUAUUAUAUUAUUAUAUACACAGACUCACAUAAGCGCAUUUGUAUAAUUUGGCCAUAAGAGAUAUAUAUCUAUAUAUAAUAUAAUAUUACAUGUAUAUAUUAUAUGUGUGUGUGUGUGUGUGUGUGUGUGUGUUUAUAUUAUAUAAUCUGGACAUGUGCAAGUUGAUAUUACUGUACUGUUGAACUUUUUAUUGAAGAGGAAAAUGUUGAAUUGAUGCAAUCAUUGUGAAAAUCAUUACUGAAAGUGGGAUUUUUGUGGUAGUCAUUUUUUACAAUUGCUGAAGCAACAUUAUUCAGCAUCACCAUGAUUUUUUAUACUUGUAAAUAAAGGACUCACCUGGUUUGUCAAUGA